GUGACCUGGGACAGGCCUUCUCUACCCCCCGACCCUCGCCUGAGACCUCACAGCUGCCACUGCGCUUCGUGAGAUCGUCAGAGUUCGGUGCCCCGAACCUUCCAGGAGAGAGAUCACUGCCGGCCGCCGUGAUGACAACGUCUCCGGCUCCCCUCCCGGCUCAGGCCACCCGGCAGCCCACGGUCCACGGCCUGUCGCAGAUAACCAGCAGCCUGUACAUCAGCAACGGUGCGGCUGCCAACAACAAGGGCAUGCUGGCCAGCAACAACAUCACCACGGUCAUCAACGUGUCGGCGGAGGUGGUCAACACCCUGUACGAAGACAUCCAGUAUGUCCAGGUGCCAGUGGCCGACGCCCCGAGUUCGCGCCUCUACGACUUCUUCGACCCGAUCGCCGACCACAUCCACAGCGUGGAGAUGAAGCAGGGCCGCACGCUGCUGCACUGCGCCGCGGGGGUGAGCCGCUCGGCCGCGCUCUGCCUGGCCUACCUCAUGAAGUACCACGCCAUGUCGCUGCUGGACGCCCACACGUGGACCAAGUCGUGCCGUCCCAUCAUCCGGCCCAACAACGGCUUCUGGGAGCAGCUCAUCCACUACGAGUUCAAGCUGUUCAGCAAGAACACCGUGCACAUGGUCAACUCCCCGGUGGGCGUGAUCCCUGACAUCUACGAGAAGGAGGUCCGCUUGAUGAUGCCGUAGGGAGCCGAGCCGGCGGGCCCCUGACAUCUGCUGACCGGGUGACGCCGCCAUUGAACCCGUCGUUGAACCUUAGCUGGUACAGAAGCCUGCGUGGCGCCAUUUAGAAGGGCAAGCCGAAAGGGAGGGUUGUUAGACUUUCUAGCUGAGUACGCUUUAUCUUUAAAGAAUAAAAUUCAUUAAAUGUGA